AUGUCUUGGACACUCAAGCUCUCUCCAGUCAAAUGCAAGCGUGAUUGCAAGGACCCUGCCAAAUGUGUCGGUGAUGCCACAUAUGACUACGCCAGACUAUUGCUGCUGAAAUGGGUCAGGGAAGCCAAGGAGCAUGCACAUCAGCAGGUGGCCAGUGAGAGCGUGGAUGCUGCUGAUGACAAAGGAGAUGGUUGGGAGUCAGACAAUGAAGCUUCAAGCUCAAGGCUCGAUGUUGAAGUUGAGCUUCCACAGGCUCAUGACCUUGAGGAUGGCAAGGACAAGCGGCUGGAUGUUGAUACACCCACACCCAUGAAACCCCACUGCAUGCAGCCCAAAUCCCUGCCUGUAAUUCUCGUUGAGAAUGGUCUAUUCCCUACCUCACCUUGGGAGCCACACGUCGCAGUGUCCAUCAACUUGCUCAACCUCUAUCAGUCCUUAUUGGAACAUUUGGGAACAUUGAACUCUGCAUUUUGCUCAGCAUUGCAAGACAUUUAUGUGAGCCAUGGGUUCUGGAUGCUUGAUGCAAAGGGUGUCCCAAUGCAAGAGCCCUUUCGUCAUGGGUUUGGAUAUGCAACCAAGUGGUAUGGAUGUGUCAGACUCGCUUUGGAAGACAAGAUUGAUUCCAUGCUCUCAAACUCCUGUGCCAAGAUCCCCAAUUCAUUUGCAACUCCAAAUGAUAUACAGCCAUCAACACCAGCUAUAAAUGUUGACAAUGGUUCAGUCAGUGUCCUGCUUGUUUUUCUGGAACUCGCUUUGGACAGGGCUUUUCUGAAGGUGGUGAUGUCCAUGUUGCUGUUGACUGCAACUUCCAUCAGCGUCACUGAACAUCAGCAGGAGACUGCCCACACUUCUAUGACCUCAGGUAUAUCCUCUCCAAGCAUGAAGUUGAUGAAGCUGGAGUUUAUUCCAGACAUUGCUGUUGAUGAAGAUGAGAAGUCAUUUGAUGCUGCCAAUGAGAAGAAGGAGAAAACUCAUGGUGGACAUUAUAAUGACACAGGCUUAGCUGUGCUGGUGUGUCAUCAUGAUGUUCCUCUAUUCCUUGCCAAUGUGGAUACUCCUGGAGAGCAGCAGAAGUAUGCUGUUGCCCUCAUUGACAAACUUGCCUCUCAUCUGCCUGCAGCUGCUUCUAUUGCUGUAUUGUACGAUAUUGGAUGUGUAAUGGAUCAAAGCAUCAAUCUGUAUGACAUCUUUCUGCCAAUGUUAACUGAACGACUUGUCUUUGCAACCUCAGUGAUGCACUCAUAUGGGCACCAAUGGGCUUGUCAGCUAGUAUACAAUCCCAGGUUGACAGACGGUUUGGGGUUGACAGAUGGCAAAGGUGUAGAGCAAUUCUGGUCAUGCCUUUGGAAGCUCAUAGAUGCCCCUGCUCGACUGAAGAAGGAGCUUGAUGCUAUUCUAAUGUUACAGGUGCAUGUCGACACUGUUGAGUCUGCCAUCCAGGCCACUCAGACUGCCCUGAAGUCUUCACCAAUGACUGUAUCUCAGCUGAAUUUCAAUUUAUUGCAGCUCUCCUAUGUUCAUCAACAGCUUUGCAAUCAGAUCGACCAGCUCUAUGCAUCUCUGAAUGUCAGCCAGUCCUUCCCUGAGUUAGCAUCCCUCAACAUCACAUUUGUACAAAUGUUACUUCUUGCAUGCAACCUCAAGAUGAAUAUCCACAAAAGAGCAGUUGGAACCUUCUUUGAAUGGGACCAGCUUGACCAGGAACAAAGCUUCACCAACAAACAUGAAAAUCAAUCAGUCGCUGCAAGCCAGCUCUCCUUGCAGCUAUUCGGAAGUUCAAUGGACAACCUGCUUACAUGGUUUGAAUGGGAACUUGUUGCUCUGCAAAUAUCUCUCCAGAACAUUGAAGCAGAUUCACCUUUCCUCUUUCCACUGAAGCGUAGAUACGAACAAACAUGUGCACUUCAGCACCAAUGGAAGAACCCACUUGUUUCCGAUAUGCGCUGGCAUGCUAUUGUUCAAUCUGCACUGUGGACUGCACAUUCUAUAUGCCAUGGAAUCUCAUCUUCAGCCAUCCACUUCAUCUCACCUACCAUUGUUGCUGUUCCUGGGAUAUUCUCAGAUAUGCCUGGCCAGACCUUCACCUCAAUACUCAGAGAGUUCGAGAGUGACUAUGAUGAUGAAGACAAUGGGGACACUAUCUCAAACGAUGAAUCAGACUGCCUUGCAGACAUUCUUGAUGAUCUUGACCCAAGUCUGAGUCCAUCUGAUGUUACAUGUGAAGUUCCAUCAUACUCAGAAAAUGAUACCAUCUCAGUGACAUCCAGUGCUGAUGAUUCCGAGUCUUUCAAAUGUCAACAACCAACUAAAUCAACUUAG